CGGGAGAGGGGGAGGGAGGGGACUACCGAGAUAGCGGAGAGUCCUUCUCCACCCGUUCCUCAGUGAGGGUUGUGGAUUGACGCGUAUAACACACGUACAGCACAGGGCGCACAGUCGCCACUCGCCAGCAUGCCUCAGUACUGAUUGGUGACUCAAAGGAGGCAGAAGAAUACAUCUUAUCUGACAGCGUCGAAAAAGUUGUAUCGUAAUACUAUUUUUUUUAUUAAGGCAGAAUCAGUGUAAACAGUAUUCUCAUAUCAUCUAGGACUAGGUGUAAGGGUGCCGGGAACUUUUGAAAGGCUUUCCAAGGGUGCCUCAAACAAGAAAAGGUUGGGAACCACUGUCCUGGACUUUUCCGUUCGCGUUUACUGGCGUCUGCAAGUGCAGUACCUACGCUUUGUUCCCGUUCUCUGAGGGAAAGUUGUGGAAAAUGAGGCUUCUCUUUAAUUCGCUGGCCGGGAUCUUGUUUUUAAUCGAUCACGGUGCUUCUGGUGCUGGAUCAGAUGUAUUCUCAGUGUCUCCGAAAAUAGGAGAUUCAGUCGUUUUUUACACUGGUGUGGAAACAAAGCAGCAAGAAAAUAUUAAAUGGUAUUUCAACAAAACUCGCAUCGCUGAAAUCAAUAGAGAUCAGAGUUUUAUCUGUACAGAUAUACAGUGUAAUUCAGGCCCUGAGAGAUUCAGAGACAGACUGAAGCUGGACAAUCAGACCGGAUCUCUGACCAUCCUGAACACCAAAACCACAGACUCUGGAGAAUAUCUACUGCAGGCCAUUAGAAGCAGCAGCAGCAAUGACAAAAUCUUCAAUGUUGAUAUCCGCCACGUCCACGCUACCAAACUUGACGAAGUACAGACAAACGAGGGACAAUGUGUCAUUUUAGAUUCUGGUGAAAUAAGAAACAACGACCACGUGAUGACGUGGUUUUUUAAAGACGGUGUCAUCGCUCGAAUCACAGGAGGUCCCAGUGAAACCUGCACAGAUGUUCGGUGUGAAGAUGGCGAUGAGAGAUUCAGAGACAGAGUAAUGCUGGAUCAUCAGAGCGGAUCUCUGAUUAUCAAAGACACCAGAAACACAGACUCUGGAGAUUAUAAACUACAGAUCGUCAUCAGAAACAGCAGCUUCGUCAUCACCAGAGUGAAGAGAUUCAGUGUUUCCAUCACCGCUGUUCAGGAUUUAGGUCCGUCUUCAGGCGCUGUAGCAGACAUAAGUUUUGCUGUUUUGCUGGUGGUUGCGGCUUUAACCGCUGGUGUAAUUGAAAGUUCUUGAGCACCACAGAUUGAGAAUGAUGUUAAUAAAGACACUGCUUGGGACACGGGAGAAUGGGACCGCCUGCACAAAACGAUGUAGUAGCAUUUAUAAUUCCAAUACUUUCACCGUAAGGGAUGCUAAAGAAAUGAUGAAAAGAUGAGGAUCCACUGAAACUCUCUUCAGGGGAAUUGCGUCAUUUUAGCCAUUCAACGAGUUAGGUAAUGGAGCCUAUAAACAGCACAUGAGCAAUAACGUGAGAAAGAAAGUGCAUUGCCAGCAAUAGAUGUAGUGACUGGUGUUUUUCGAUAUAUGCAUUUAUCAAAGCUGCUGAAGUGGUUUAGACUGGAAUAAUGAGUGAUUAUCUCUUUCUUAUCUUUUGCACAGACAUAUUAAUGCUAGUCCGUUAUGAUAGAAGUUAUUUUGAGUUACCCGUUUACAUCCUCUUGCGCAACGCGUUUUACACGAUGUUAUACAAUGCGUUAUAUACAGUUACUUUACAAACGAAGAGCACUUUGACAAACUCUGAAAUCUAAUUCAGACAAACUACUUUAAACUAUAAAUGUUUGUAUUUCCGCUGUGAAAGUUAGUAAUUGUGUCCCUUGCGAUAGUGCCAUUAUAUAUGUUUUUAAAAAGUUUUAAAUAAAAAAGUAUAUAAAAUAACUAAAACCACACUAUUUUUAUAUCUGAAAGAUUUUCGUUUGAAAUAUGUCAGUCUGUAAAAUAUUACUUUGUGCGCUAUCAAAAAUAAUUGCGGAAUCUUUGAAUUUUAAAAACGUCACUUUUACCGUUAAUUACAGUAUUACUGUAUAAUUACUGUAGUGAAACUGAUAUUGUGGUAGACACCAGUCAAAAUAGAAACUGGAAACAAUGGUAGGAACUCCUUAACAAAGGACGAUGGUGGUGACCAGCUUCUUACAGACAGACUGUGACGUAUUACAACAACUCCAAGACUCAGCACCCAAAGACGACGUUCUGAAAAAACACUAGGCAAGCUGGAACAACAUAUCACAGCCAAUGAAAACACCAAAGCAAGAGCCCAUCUCACCAGACACGUUAUCCCUCUCUCCAGCUUCUCAUAGAAAAAGAAGAAGCUGUUGUGUCCAAACUCCCCCAUUCUUUCUCUGCAAGCUCCCUGAUACCAUCUAUCAAAAAUAAUUGCGGAAUCUUUGAAUUUUAAAAACGUCACUUUUACCGUUAAUUACAGUAUUACUGUAUAAUUACUGUAGUGAAACUGAUAUUGUGGUAGACACCAGUCAAAAUAGAAACUGGAAACAAUGGUAGGAACUCCUUAACAAAGGAGCCAUAUUAAAGUUUGACGAUGGUGACGCCUGCUGGUAAGAAUGUAACCAAAAACUUUACAUUCCGUUUUUUAAAAUUGAAAAUGUAAUUAAAUAGCUGCUUCUUCUUCUUUUUUUUCAAAUGCACAAUAAAUGUAUUGGAAUCUCUAA